AUGAUCCCAUCGACUGCAGCAGUAGCAGCGGCUGCGGCGCCGCUCCCUGCCGCCAACGCCUCGCGCCGGCGGGCCGCCGAUGUGCUCAUCCUGGGAGGCGGCCUGCAGGCGCGGGCGGCGGCCUACCUGCUGGCCAAGCGGGGCAAGCGCACGGUGCUGGUAGAGCACGCGGCGCCGCAGCUGGCGCCGGCGGCAGGCAGCAGCGGCGUGCCUCCCCACCUCGUGCUGCACCUGCCUGCCGCCACCCCGCACCUGGUCAACGAGGCCACCGAGGCGUUUGCGCUGUGGCGUGGCGUGGAGGCGGCCUCGGGCGCCCGCAGCCUGCUGCACCUGUGCGGCAGCAUAGACAUCGCGCCCGCAGGCAGCGGCGCCGCCGCCGCUGCGCUCGGCGCGAUGCAGGAGGCGGGCAGGGCAGCUGGCUUGCCCUUUGGCAUGCUGACAGCAGAGGAGGUGGGCGCCGCCUUCCCCAGGCUGCGGCCGCCCCGCGGCGCCGCCGCCGUCUUCACCAACCUGGGCGGCGUGGUGCAGGGCCGGGUGGCCGCCGCGGCGCUGCUGGCCAUGGCGCAGCGGGCGGGCGCCGACGUGGCGGCGGGGCGCUGCCUGCUGGGCUGGUGCGACGCGGGCAGCCACUUUGCGGUGCGCACGGCGGGCAGCGCCGCCGCUGCUGCGGCAGGGGGCGGCGAGGACGAGGUGGUGUACGAGUGCGAGCAGCUGCUGCUGAUGCCAGAGGCGGCUGUGCAGCGGCAGGCGCUGGCACUGUUUGGGCUGGCGGUGGCGGGUGCCUCGCUGUGGUCGGUGCCCGCCGGCAGGUGGGGCGCGCCGGAGGAGUGCGGCGCGCUGCCGGUGUGGCAGCUGCUGGGCAGCGGCUCCACCCGCACGGUGGACGACCCCACAGCCGUCGACAGCUGCUGGGGCCUGCCCCUGCUGGAGUGGGGCCCCCCCAGAAGCCUGCUUGUGUCCCAGGGCUCGGCGGGCGGCGAGCCGGCUGAGCAGCCGCAGCAGCAACAGGGGCAGCAGCAGGAUGCGGCAUCUGCUGCCGACGGCGCCAGCGGCGGCGGCGGCAGCGACCUUCGGCAGCAGGAGGCUGCAGUCACGGCAGUGCUGGCGGGUGCGGCAGCAGAGGACCUAGCAGAGCUAGCGGCGGGGGGGCUCGUCGAGCGGCCGGGGUCUGAGGAGGCGCAGGAUGCCGAGCGGCAGCGCGAGGCCGACGAGCAGCAGCAACUGCUGCGGGCCCAGCGGCGGCUGGGCGCGGCAGGCGGCCUGGCUGGGCGGCUGGUGCGCGGGCUUGGCGGCCGCUUGCCAGGCAGGGACACGUCGCAGCAGUUCAUCGUCACUCCAGACGGCGAGUUGGCGGUGGGCAGCCACCCCGGCUACGAUCCGGGGCGCAUUGUGGUGGCCUUCCCGGCAACCGCCUCCGCCCUGGGCUGCCUGCCCGGCGACCAGCUGGCGCCGCUGGUGGCCAGGCUGGCGAUGAACGAGCUGCUGGGGCAGCCGCCAGAGGCGGUGGAUGCGGCAGCGGUGUCGCUGGGGCGCGAGGCGCUGCAGGCGCAGGCGGCGGCGCUGCAGCACGACACCUGGGCGGAGCUGAGCCUGAGCCUUUGA